AUGGAAGCAGCAAAAACAGUUUUUGGGCUCGGAACUCUCUCUGACCUUCACCAACCUCCUAUGUUUCUUAAGACCAGCCACUCUCUGUUUUCUCGCCCUUCUCUUUCUCUAAAACCCAUGAAACCCAACUUUUUCUGCGUUAAGGCUAAUACUAAGAGUUCGACUAGUGAUGAUCUUGAGAGUGGUCGUCCUUUGACCCACUUUGCUCCCACUUUUUGGGGAGAUUACUUCCUCUCACUUUCCGUCGACGAUUCCGAAUUUGAUAAAAUAGAGAGAGAGAUUGAAUCGGUGAUGAAGCCAAACGUGAGAGACAAGCUCAUCUCUUCUCACAACAGUAACAAGGACAAGAUUCGAUUAAUCCAUUUGCUUAUAAGCCUCGGUAUCUCGCAUUACAUUGAGACCGAGAUCGAGAUGAUCCUAAACCAGACUUUUAAAGAGUUGGACGGGAUAAUAUCCGAGGAAGACGAUUUGGAAACAAUCUCUAUCAUGUUUGAGGUUUUUCGACUGUAUCAACACAAGAUUUCAUGCGAUACCUUCGUAAGAUUCAAAGGUAAAGAUGGGAGGUUCAAGGAGAGUCUAGUCGCGGAUGUUAGAGGAAUGCUACAAUUAUACCAAGCAGCGCAUCUUGGGACACCCUCUGAAGAUAUAAUGGAGGAAGCAAAGAGUUUCACUAGGAACCAGUUGGAGUCUUUGGUAACGAGUACUACUAUUCCUCCACAUCUCUCAUCACAUAUUCGUAACGCCUUGUACAGAGCUCGAUAUCAUAACAUGGAAAUACUAGUCGCAAGAGAAUACAUCUCUUUCUAUGACCAAGAAGAAGGUCAUGACCUGACGCUUCUCAAGUUUGCAAAGCUCAACUUCAACUAUUGCCGUUUGCUUUACAUACAAGAGCUCAAAACACUCACCAAAUGGUGGAAAGAUCUAGAUAUCCCCACUAAGCUUCCUUACGUGAGGGAUAGAAUUGUGGAGUCCUAUUUCCCUGCAGUGGGAAUACAUUUCGAGCCACGAUUUUCACUUGGGAGAAUUAUAGCGGCUAAAAUUAUCAUCGUCCUGGUUGCUUUGAACGACACCUGUGAUUCAUAUGCAACUUUUCCCCAAGCUAAAAGUCUCAUUGAUUCUUUGCAAAGGUGGGAUCUUGAAGGGAUUGACGAACUACAAAGCUAUUCGAGAAUAGUCGUCCGAUUAAUAUUGGAAACUAUGGGAGAGAUUUUUUUUUUGGUGAGUGAAACUAUGGGAGAGAUUGAAAGAGAAAUGAUGCCCCGAGGAAGAUCUGCUUGUGUAAAACAGACGAUAGAGGAGACUAAGAACCUAGGGAGAUCGUACCUAGCAUUAUCAAAAUGGGCAAGUGAAGGUCAUGUGCCAACCUUUGAUGAGUACAUGGAGGUUGGGCUGGUCACCGCAGGGAUGGAUGAUUUUGCUUUGUACAGCUUUAUCGCGAUGGAAGAUUGUGAUGAGAAACAAUUGUACGAAUGGUUCAACUCCAAGUCAAAAAUAUUCCAAGCUUUGUGCUAUAUGUAUCGUGUAAACAACGACAUCAUCACCUACGAGAGAGAGAUGAGCAAAGGAGAGGUGGUGAAUGGGGUCAACUCUUACAUGAAUCAACACGGUGUUACUAAAGAAAAAGCGGUUGAAGAAUUGAGUAAGAUGGCUAGAGAUAACUAUAAGAUAGUCAUGGAGGAGUUGUUGACGACAACUGAUGUGCCACGACAAGUUCUGGUGCGUUGCCUCAACAUUGCACGCUUGAUCGAUGUGUUUUGCAAGGAUGGUGUUGAUGAAUUCUCCAAUUCGCAUGGAAAGCUCAAAGAUCUCAUCACCUCUCUAUUCAUCUAUCAUAUUCCUGUUUAACCAUAUAUCACCAUUUUUCAGUUAUGCUUACUUAAACUCAUCUUAAACCUGGUGUUUGU